UUUCAUUCAAGAAUCAUCUGAUUGGAAACAUUACACACUGACCUAGGAACGUACCAAUAAAUUUGAAACUAAAAUUUUAGUGUUCACUCUUCAAUCUAUACAUAAGUCAAAAGAUCACUGAUUAAAUUUUAGGUUGUAUGACCAGUAAAAGCUAUUUGAAUGUAAUUUUAAACUGAUUCUAUUUGUAAAUCAACCAUGAAUUCGAUUUGGUUCAAGCCUGAACUUGCGGAGGAAAUAAUAAAUAACAAUGAAAUAUUUGAUCAAACGCAAAAUGUAGUUACUGAUAUAAUAACUCAACAUAUAGACCUAAUAACUUUAGUUGAAAACAUGGAGGGUAUUUUAACCAAUAAAGAACCAGAAAGUCGUGAAAAAGGAAUGAGAUUCUUCACAAAAAUCCUCACAGAGCUACCGAGAGACUAUUUAACUGUGUCACAAGUUAAAUUCAUAUCAAAAUUUUAUAUUGACCGGUUAAAAGAUAAUCAUAGAGUAAUACCGGCAGUCUUACAAGGUUUUUCAGCUAUUAUUGAAAUGAAGAAUUAUGAUAUGGAAACUAGUGGAGAGUUUUUUUCGUUGCUUUUCAGAGAGGUUAAUUGUCAGUCCCAAACAAGACAGGAUCGGUAUAAUAUUUAUUUUAUUGUUAAGAAAUUGAUGGAAAAAGAUAUAAAAUAUAUGAAAUCUCUUGGUCCAGAUUUCGUAUAUGGUUUCAUAGCAUCAAUGGAUGGAGAGAGAGAUCCGAGAAACCUGAUCUUUCUCUUUAAUUUCCUACCAGAAUUCAUACGUGAAAUACCACUGGGGCAUUUAGUCGAGGAAAUGUUUGAAGUUAUUUCCUGUUAUUACCCUAUUGAUUUUCAUCCCGCUCCUGAUGACCCAGCACCGGUUACAAGGCAGGAUUUGGCUACAGCUUUAAGUCCUUGUUUGUGUGCAAUACCAGAAUUUGCGGAACAUUGCUUGGUCUUAUUGGUUGAGAAGUUAGAUUCAAGUUUAAGGUUGGCCAAACUUGAUUCAUUGAGACUAUUGACGGAUAGUUGUAAAAUUUUCAAACCUGAAUCAUACACUCCAUUUCUGAAAACGUUAUGGUCAUCAAUCCAAAGGGAAAUAUCACACAAAGCCGAUGAAGAACUGAAAUUUGCCGCACACGAGGCCUUAUCCGCUUUAGUGUCAAUACUAUCAAGGACUGCUAACGCAGACCAAGCAUUCGAAAAUUUCGUCAAAGGAAUUCUUAUAUCCAUGCAAACAGCUGUUGCGGAAGCCACCACUGUAGCCCAAUUUGUACAUGCAACCAAAGUUUUACUAACAGCUGCGAAUGGUUCCAAAGAAUCAUGUGCUAUAAUAACCAAAAGCAUGAUACCGGCAAUAUUAGCUUAUUACGAUUUUAAAACGUCUCCAAAAUUGCAGAUCGCUAGUCUGGACUUUUUAGGGGAUCUGUAUGAUUUGGCCAAACAUUGGGAUGUACUGGAACAAACAGCGGUUCAAGUCAAUGAAUUACCGCAGUUGUGUUUGACGGUUGUCAGUCAACCGAUUAAAGAUUUCCAAGUUGCCGGCUUUAGAACAUUAAUUAGAGUUAUGAAUGUUUUACAAACAGACCUUGUAGUGCCUUUUGUUGAGGUUUUAAUGUACAAUGUUCAACAUUCUCAAGACGAUGAACUCUUGAAAGUCAGCAUUGAGACUAUUCACGCAAUAGCGAAAAAAUAUCCAGAAAUAAUAAUGCAGCUGGUUGUCACAGGAAGAUGUGAUAUAGAAAAUUUGACGCAAGACAAAACUGCUUUGAUCAAAAGACUGAAUUUGCUCUCCAAUUUAGCCAGUAUCGAUGAAUUCACUAAAGUAAUCAUAGAGGAAAUGCUAAAAGUAGUGUCAGCGCAUGACGAAGAGUCUCCUAAAGUGAUUGAAGCUUUGAGCGAAUCAAUGUCAGAUAUAAGUUUGUUUACAGAGAAAAAAAUAACUGAAAUUGAUAGUGAUCAUGGCUUGGUAGACUCAGUUGUUGAAUGGAUAUUAAGAGAGAUAAAUAAUUCGGUGGAUGUGUCAAAUGGUUUUGUUUUAAUUGCUAAUACAAUUGCAAGCUUACCAGCUGAUAAACAAAGAAAUUUACUAGCAAAACAUACAGAUAAUAUAUUAGACAAAUGUAAAUAUAAUGAUAAAUAUUAUUUAAUUUUAGAAAGUUUGUACAUAUCUGUUCAUCAGACCGUAUAUGAAUCGAGUUUUGAUGAUAUAAUGAAGCUAUCUCUAGAGUUAGCUUUGAAUAGUGAAUUGGACAGCGUCAGAACGAAAGCUUGUAUUUUAGUGGCACAUUUUCUUAACAAAGCUGAAUUUGGUCAGAAGUUUGAGCUUUUUUAUGAAUUAUUAAAGAAUUAUUUGACGAAUUGUAGUAAAGAUGAUGAGGAGUUGUGUCCUAAGUUGAUUCUGUUAUAUGGAUGGAUUACAAAAGCUUUGAUUUUAAGAGGCAGCGAUACAUUUCUGUUUUGGCUCCAAAAGAUUGUAAAUACAUUAUCUAAUACACAAUACAGUAAACAAGGAUCUGAAGCUAUCAAACUGAUAAUGUCUGACAGCCCUAAUUAUUUAUCGAGCAGGCAACACUGCCGGACCAGUUUAUUGUACAGGCAAAGAAUGUUCCAGAAUUUCGCGAAGCUAACCCACAAGUUACCGCCUCUAGAAGGUGCAGCGAAUGAAUCGUAUCUUCUUAGUUGGGCGUAUGUAUUUGAGAAGACUCCGAAAAGUGUACUUAAUAAUGAAACUACAAAGAUUACAUCAAUAGCGAUAGAUUCGUUAGACUAUGAAAACAAAGACUUACUCCUUGUGAUGAUCGAUGUUUUAUGUUAUUUCGUGCAAGCGAAAAACGCCGUUAUCUCUGGCAGCUUACAGACCAUUUUACCGAGGCUAGUGAAAUUGUCUAGAUACGUCAAAUCAAUGGACGUCAGAAUAAAAAGUUUAGAAUGCCUUUACGAGAUUGCGAAUUCGUAUCGCACGUCAACGCUUUUGCCGCACAAACAGGACAUUUUAUUUGAUUUAGCGCCAUCUCUUGACGACAAAAAGAGGCUGGUACGCAACAUGGCCGUCAAAGCAAGAACCCGCUGGUUCAUGAUUGGUGCGCCAGGCGAAGACAAACCUAAUUAACCAAUCAGGGUUGAGAUAAUGACAAAAAUUAUUGUUGUUUUAAAAUAAUGUUAUGACUAUUUGUUUUAAUUUCGAAAAUUUGUGUAGUUUGUGAUACUAGAAGAUUAACAAAUUUGUUAAAAUCAUACUUAUAUACAUAUAUAAUUUGUAACUUAUGCUAUGAUAAUUUAUGGAAGAUUAGAAAAUGGAAUUUUAAACAAAAAAAACUUGCAAGCAGAUCUGAAAGAAUAUCUAAAUAAAUACAAUAUUUCUUCGAAAGACUCUGUGAAUAUUGUUUUUAUUUGAAUAAAUUUAGUAUGGAUAAAUCUAAAUAAGAAAAAUCAUCGACCUAGAAACUAUAGGAAGUGUGGUCACCAAAAAAAUCU